AACCGGAACGCGACCAUAAAUAUUUUGUUUGCUUUGAUUGACUUGACUGCCGAUUUCGCUUGCAAACCCAGCGAAAUAAGUGGAAUUUAUAAUUAAUUAAACGAAUUCCCACUAAUUUGUGGCAUUACAAUUUAUUUUUAUAACUAUAAUUUUCAAUUUUCGCUGUGCAAAGUCUUCCGCGUUGGAUUUUUGUUACUGAUAAUUACUUGUAGACAAUUAGUGAAUUUUUGCAGUUUUCAUCGUAAAUAUUGUUACGAAAUAGCUUACGUUCGCUUAAUUAGCGUUGUUGCUUCAAAUUGGUACAUCUAGAUUGUACAAGUGGUAAAAUUAACGGCGUUUUUUGAGUGUGUAAAGAAAUUUUCUGAGGAGCAACCAUGAACCAGGGUCUGAUAUCCCCUCGCCUGAUGGUCGGGGCAGCAAUUGUGGGCAUCGUAGGGGCAGCUGGAGUCUUUAUAUACGAACAGAUUUACGCCGAGAAGAGAAGAGCUAUGUUAGUGAGAGAAGUAGCGAGACUGGAUAAACAGGUUUCCUCCAUGAAGACUGAACUUGAAAACUUGAGGGAGUUACAGAAAGAAACCACGUUGCGACGGCUCAAACAGAAGAAGGUUCGUCGCGAACGUCCCGUGCGGAAGGUGCCCAGCUCCGGGGACAAGGUGGAGGUCACAGAGCACAGCUACGCCUCAGACUCCGAGUAUUUCACUGACUACCAGUCUGUGCUGGGAGGCACAGACGGCGAGCUGGAUAGCGAGGAGUUCUACGACGUGCCCACAGAUGAUGAUGAGGACGACACGCUGCGGGAGUCGCUGCGAAACGGACAUGCGGGCAAUGAACUACCUGAUGAGGAAGUAUCAGAAAAGGAUAAAGUGGAAACGCCAGUCACCGCUUCCAAAAAUGCGACAUAGCUGUAAAACAUAGUACAGUAUGAGUCAACGCUAGAGGGCGGUAGUGUAUUAGCGUAGUCGGGAUGGGAACCACCGUAGAUAGUUCAAGACUUAAACAAUUACUAAGAUAACUAAUUAUAGCCAUACAUUACAUUGGAACGGCUUGGCAAAGGAUUAAACAUGUUUGCCAAAGGAUUUACUAACUUAUUGCUUUGUAAUAGAGCAUAUAUUUCCUUGUUUUCCUGUACUUAGCACAUAUUGAUAGCUGCGGAUUUCAAUAUCUAUUUACAUAAUUUAUAUGAAGCUGUCAAAAUUCGGAAGACGCUGGAUGCAGGUCGCCUCCAACAGGUAUCUGUGGAGAUCUAAGGGGGAGGCCUAUGUUCAGCAGUGGACGUCCACCGGCUGAGAUGAUGAUGAUGUCAAAAUUCAAUCCCUAAUCGCCAACUAUGGAUCGAUUGGUUAUCGAAAUUCGCAGUAAAUUGACAUCUGUCAGUAGUCCUAUAUUUGAGUAGGCAGUUAACUAAAGAUACACAAUCUUGAUAAGACUUUUUAUUCAGAACUCAGUAAAAAAAUAAAAUGCGGCUUAAAAUCAAUGUAAAUAAAAUAAUAAUAAUUACUUAAAUAAUUGAAUCAUUGUUUUAAGCGGUAGUUUAUUUUUUAAUGUGCGUUUGGUUAAAAGUCCUGUCAAGUCUGCUUAAAGACCAGUGUGGGUUGAUCCGUGGCAGUCUUUUCUCAUGCCGUUCCAGUGUGCAAAGGCCUUUAGUUAGACAUGUACAUAAUAUUUAGUAGAUGAAUGUCUUUUUAGCUUUCAAUUUGAGAUAUAAAACGGAAAAUAGCGUUCUGAAAAAGUCAAAAACAUAUUUAAGACGCCCGCAGGCCUUCAAUAACUUUGUGCAAUAUUACAAUAAAAAUAUUGUGCAAUUAAAAUGUUGCUCGCAAAAAUCAUUGCGCAAUCUUCUAUAUUAACCAAUAAAUAAUAUUAAAAAAAUGCACUAUACGUAAUAUUGCGCAAUACAAUUUAUCGCCUAGGGAGCGCCUAUGUAUUUUAUAUGAAAAAAUAGAUAGCUUUCCGGUGGUGUCGGAUUGUCGUCCCAUCGCGCUAUGAGAGUGAAGGAAUAAGGAGUGCACUUGUGUCCAAGCAAAUGCUCGUGCACUAUAAUAUGUCCUGCGCAGUUGGCUGAUCUCCCUACAUGAGAACAGCCGCCAUGGCCGAUAAUCGGCUAGGAGGUCUUUAUAGCAAACUGCUGUAUCUAGUUAACUGAUGAUUGAAAAAACGGCUUUCAUUAAAAUAUCUCAAAUUAAAGCUAACAAGACAUUCACAAAAUUCCAAAUAAUAACAAUUAUUCCAUUAACCAAUUGUAAUCAAUUGUAAAACAAAGUAAUUUAUUGUAAUCAAUUAAUUGGUUAAACCUAUUUAAAUUCAAUGUGUCAGAAAAACUUAUGUACCUAUUUUUUUCCUAAUACUCUUUAUUUUCAUGUGGUAAAUACUUCAUUUCAGUAGGUACUUAAUUAAAGGUACACAAUCUUGAUAAUUGGACUUUUUACACAAAUACAUACAGAAAUGAAUUUUAUCCAGUGCGCAAACUUUGUCAACUUAUUGUUAAAUAAGUUUUAUAGAUACGUAUAUUUUUAUUUUGUUGUGUUUUAGUACAAAAAAGAACAGUUAUUGAUAGCGAAAGAUGUUUAUUUUGUAACCGGUUGUACGGUCACAGUCGUCACAGUAGGCACGGCGGCAACGCGAAACCGGUUUACUGACGCGAGCGCUGCUCCAAGCGCGUAAGAAUAGUUAGUAUCCAUAUUUUGCUGAUUUUAGGACGGAUAAAAAAAUGAAAAAAAUAACUGAUGAUGCAGAUAAUAUCAGUAAUUUUUAUGUUCUGUUAAUGAUUCUGGACUACUAUACUCUAUCCACGGAAGCAAGAGCUAAAAGGUAAACAAAGAAUGACAGUUUUUCAAGAUGGCGGUAUAACCCGACCGAUGACAAAACGUCACAUUUUUGUGUAAAAUGUUCGCAGUAUCUGUGAUUUUAUCAUCGGUCGGGUUAUACCGCCAUCUUGAAAAAGUGUCAUUCUUUGUUUACCUUUUAGCUCUUGCUUCCGUGGAUAGGGUAUAGUUUUAUUUGUGUACUGCUUAAAAUUCAUUCCUGUAUUAAACAAAUAAAUUACUGCUAAAACUAAUUAUUCAAUUGAUUAAUUUUAAUGUAAUUUAUUUUUAAACUUACUUUUUAAAUAAAAAAGUAUUAAUAUCAAGAUUAUUUAUCUCUAGUUAAAAUGCCUAUUCAAAUGGAGUAUAGUUAUUUCAGGUAUCGGCCAAUGUUAAUAAUAUAUGAGGACUGUGUUAUUGAUAUUAAAUAGAUAUUAAUUAUUAUGAAUUAUAAGUCGUUUUGUUGACUUCUCAGUACGUAAUUCAUAAAGUUCAAAGGAUGCUUUACGAUUGAAUUACUAGUAUACAUACUUUCUAUUCAAUCGUACUUACAUUCUUCAUUUCUAUUCAAUCGUAUAGCCAUUGAAUUAAUAGGCAUUCUACGAAUGUAAAUAUUAUAUAUGAUUGUAAAAUGGUGUCAUAAAUUCAUCAUUUUUAUUAACUAUUAGCAUUUUUUAUAAAAAAAUAUGUUAAUGCUCAAAUCUUUAAAUAAAUAACUGAUAAUUUUUUAUCACACCAUUAUACUGACACUAGUAUUUUUUUCUUUAAAUAAGUCGAAAAAUUGUGUUGUGUGGAUGGCAUCAUUAAUAGGUGGGUCCCGGCUGUCUUUUGAACAUCUUUGGCAGUCGUUACGGGUAGUCAGAAGCCAGAAAGUCUGAUAACCAGUCUUACCAAGGUGUAUCGGGUUGCUUGAGUAACUGGGUUGAGGAGGUCAGAUAGGGCAGUCGCUCCUUGUGGCACACUGGUACUCAACUGCAUCCUCUUAGACUGGAAGCCUACCCCAACAUAGUUAGGAAAAGGCUCGGGAGAUGAUGAUUUUUAUGAAGAAAUGAGUCGACAAAACGAUUUAUAAUGUCUACUAAUAAUAAAAUCGAGAAAUCAAUGCACAUUGAAAUGACAUGUAUUCAUAAUAAACUGUAGCUGUUACUAGUUUAGUGAUUAAAGCUUUAUUGAUGGAAUUACAAGCUUUAUGUCUAUUUAGAAAUAUUUUUGGGCGUGAUAAGAUACACUGAAUAUCUGUUUUAUAUUAUUCAAGACAAAAAAAAAAACAUGAUACUGUUGCAAUAUAUUAACUUACCCCCUUGGCUCAAUGGUCACCACUCCGGACUGCCAAACGGAGGCUCCCGGGUUCGCUUCCCGGUGCGAUCGACAUUUGUGUGAUGAGCAUGUUUGUUGGCUGUGGUUUGGGGUGUAAUAAUAAAAUUAUUCCGUCAGUAAAUUAGUAUCUCACUUUGGCCUAGGCCCGUAAGAUACUACAAAUACCAGGUUUCAAUAAACCUGAGAAAAAUAAAUUUGAAAACCAAAAUAAUAUGUCUCUAUAAAUAUAUUUUGUUGUGUUAGCAUCCAUAGCAUAGACUUAUCAAUAGCUUACCUUGGGUCUAUCCAACCGCGUGAAAGAUAUCCCGAUAUUAAUGCAAAUAUCACAAUUGAUAUGAGAAAACGCCAAGGGAUGAUGUAACUGAAUUGAGGAGGUCAGAUAGGCAGUCGCUACAUGGCACGCAGGAUUUUAGUGUUUCCUAUCGUGCUCAACUAAACUGGUAUAAUAAUAAUAAUUUAAUUUAGUCUUGGUGCUAUGGCUAUAGGUACAGUUUGAAAUAUUAAAAUAUGUAUGCAUUGAGCAAGCGUGGUGAUUAAUGCUCAAUUCUUCUCCGUGUGAGAGGAGUCCGCAGCCCAGCAGUGGGACGAUAAAAAGGCUGUAACAGUAUGUAAAAAAGCCAGCAUAUUCUGCUUUUACAGUCGUCAUACUGACUAAAUAACUCGACAUUUUAGUAUAUCAAACUGUAUCAUUAAUAUUCUCUUAGGGUUCUUUCAAAUUGGACGUUUCGUGUCGGUACCACAACCGCUAGACAAGCCAAAUAAAUUUAAAAAAUGUAUCUAAUCUGAAUGAAUAAACGUCCAAUUUGUAAGAACCCAUAUUGUUAAGGUUUUUUUGGGGACAAGAAUAAGCCAUGGUAUAUUAUAAUUUGAAACUGAAAUGUUACAUACUUUAAAUGUGGGAGGGAUGGGGGGGUGUUUGUAGUAUUUAUUUUUAAUCGACUUCUCCAAAAAGGAGGAAGAAUUGAGAAUAUUCGACCGCGUAUAUAUUUUCCUUUAACAAAUUACUAGUAGGUAAAUUAUCUCAAAAUCUAUGAACUAAACGCUACCGACAAAUGUGUAAAAAUAACCAUUGUAUAUUAUAUUUUUUAAAUAAUGAAUUGAAAAAGAUAGAUUUGUGUUUAUUUUUUGUAAAAGCAAAUAUUUUUGCGAGUUUUUUUUCAGCUUAUGCACAAAUUUGCGUGAAGUCGUCUUCUUUAACCGACUUGCCAAAAAGAAGGUUCUUGAGUCUAUCUGUUACUAAUAGUAAUGCAUAUUAAUAUUUUAUUUUCUUAAAAGACGACUUCUCAUUGUAAUGGAAUGUAUAAACAAUGUAUUAUGUAUUACAAUAAUUAUGUAAAAACGUUGAUUAUUUCGCCUUUGUACAGGUAGCAUAUCAAGCUACUCCAAUCUGGAAAAAAACCCAAUCAACACUGUAUAGAUAAGUUCAAAAUCUAUUAAAGAAAUAUGACAGACGGGCCGUUUUUCCGUGGUUUCACCCGCGUCGCGUGGGAACUACUGCCCGUACCGAGAUAAAAUAUAGCCUAUGUUACUCGGGAAGAGUGUAGCUUUCCAACAGUGAAAGUAUUUUUCAAGUUGGUUCAGUAGUUUCAAAACCGUUAGGGUACAAACAAGAAAAUGUUUUCUCUUUAUAAUAUAUUACUAUAGAUUGUGGUAGCUUGAUGUGCUGUAUGUACAUUAAUGCAUUUAUUUAUAGUUGUCAUUUAAUAAUGCAAUUAAUCAAUGUUAUAUUAAAAUCUUUAGUCCAAUUUCUUUAUAUUUUUACGAAUUUUCACAUUAACAAAGCUUGAAGACAGACUUCUAUUUAAACCAUACUUCAUUUUACAAACUAUUUUUUCUAUUUCAAUUCUAUAUUUAUUCGACUAUCAGAAAAUUUAUCUCUCUUGCAAACUAACAUUUUUGCUCACAUUAUUGCUCAAACGAUUGCACAAAAUUAGUUUUCAUUGCUUUUAUAUAGUACUAUAAUGUAUUUAAUUCAUAAAUUUUUAAGCGAACGGCCGCCAUUUUGUCAGACUUUAUAAAUGAAUUAAUCUGCCAAAGUUUACCGACAGUAAAAACGUAUUUUUUUCUUCAAACAACUGUAUACUUUGAAAAUUGAUAGAAAACAAUUGUUUUAAGAAAAUUUACUUUUGUCGGUGAACUUGAGUCUAAAUCAAAGAGUGAAUUUUUAAUCAUUCAUGAAAUAUGUCCAUGUUUGCUAUUUAGGCAAAAAUAUAUUUAAUUUUGUAUAACUAAUAAUGCUUGUCAUUCCAUACGUGUUUUUAAUAAAAACCAUUACCACCGGACUAGGCAAUUCAUAAUAUAUUUUACUAGAAUAGUAAAUUAAUAAACUAUUGUUAAUUUAUUUUAAUUUGUAUAUUACGAAGCGAUAUCGGCAUUUAUUGUAAAAUUAUUUGUAUAAUUUUCUUUCUUGCUAAUUGAUAUUAAUCAAUUUAAUUGAUUAAUCUUACUUUCAAUCUCAUUUCAUGUUCUUACGAUUACCAAUUGAAUUGAUAUUUCUCAAUUUUCAAUUGAAUUGAAAAUGUAAUCAGCUGAUAUUUUUCAAUUAAUUGAAUAAAUAGUUACAUUUAGUUUAUUACAAUGCUGUAAUUGAAGUUGUUAAUAGUUGUAGGCAUUUUGGGAUAACCGACUGGUGUUUAUUUUGUUAUAAAAAUAAUAAAAAAUAUUAUUCAGA